AUGGAGCCGGGCCGGCCGGCCUCCCCUCCGGGCCCCGACUCGGAGCCGGGCGCGUCCGCCGGGCCGGCCCCGGGCCCCUCGGAGUGCGCUGAGCCGGCCCCGGGGCUGGAGGACCCUCAGGACAGCGGGCCGCCCAGCCGCGGCGCGCGGGGGCGGGAUGCCGGGGCCCCGAGCCUCCUGGCCCGCCAGGCCGCCUGCCCGGACCCCGACCCGCGUUCCGAGAUGGCGUCCCCGGAGCCCGACCCGCCUUUCUCCUGGACCGAAGGCCCGGACGACUGUGGUCUGCCGCCUUGCCCGGAGAGCCCGGCUUUCUGCGUGCAGGCUCCGGCUCUCAGCUUCGGUGUGCGGGACGCGGCCGGCCUGUUCCCCGCCUUCCCCGCGCCUGCGGCGGACGAGCUGGCGCCGGAGGUGGGUCGGGCGUCCCCGGAGCAGCCCCUUCCUGGCGAGCCCGCGGGGUGUCCGGAGGACGGCCCCCGCCUGCGAGCGGUGUUCGACGCCCUGGACGGGGACGGGGACGGCUUCGUUCGCAUCGAGGACUUCGUCCAGUUCGCUAUGGCCUACGGGGCCGAGCAGGUGAAGGACUUAACUCAGUACCUGGAUCCCAGUGGGCUCGGUGUGAUGAGUUUCGCAGACUUCUACCACGGGAUCACGGCCAUCAGGAACGGAGAUCGCGAUGGACAGCUGUGCGGUGUGCCCCCUGCCCAGGACGGAGAGCCCUCUGCCUGCCCCGUCGAGUUCGAUGACUUCGUCACCUAUGAGGCCAACGAGGUGACAGACAGUGCCUACAUGGGCUCUGAGAGCACCUACAGUGAGUGUGAGACCUUCACCGAUGAGGACACUGGCACCCUGGUACACCCCGAGCUGCAGCCUGCAGGGGACGCAGACAGCGCAGGCGGCUCGGCCGCACCCUCCGAGUGCCUGGACACCAUGGAGGAGCCUGGCCAUGGUGCUCUGCUGCUGCUCCCUGGCAGGUCUCACCCACGUGGCCAGUCUGUUGUCAUGGUGAUCGGCAGUGAGGAGCAUUUCGAGGACUAUGGGGAAGGCAGCGAGGUGGAGGUGUCUCCAGAGACCCUCUCUGAUGGGGAGCUCAUCGGCAAUGAUCCUGCUUUCCUCACCCCCAGCACCGGCCCACUUGCUGCCAAGCUGCACAGCAUCCUCACUGAUGAGGCUUUUGAGUUUUACUGUAGCCAGUGCCACAAGCAGAUCAACCGCCUAGAGGACCUUUCUGCUCGCCUGAGUGAUCUUGAAAUGAAUAGUCCGACGAAGCGGCUCUCCAGCAGGAAGGUGGCAAGGUACCUGCACCAGUCAGGGGCCCUGACCAUGGAUGCCCUGGAGGACCCUCCGCUGGAGCCUGCCGAGGGCCUAGAGGAGGACAUUGCCCACAAGGUGGUCUUCCUGGAGAGACGCGUGUCAGAGCUGGAGAAGGACACCGCAGCCACCGGGGAGCAACACAGCCGGCUUCGGCAGGAGAACCUCCAGCUGGUGCACAGAGCCAACGCCCUGGAGGAGCAGCUGAAGGAGCAGGAGCUGCGAGCCUGCGAGAUGGUCCUGGGGGAGGCCCGGCGGCAGAAGGAGCUCCUGUGCAGGCUGGAGCGGGAGAAGAGCAUCGAGAUCGAGAACCUGCAGGCCAGGCUGCAGCAGCUGGAUGAGGAGAACAGUGAGCUCCGGUCCUGCACGCCCUGUCUGAAGGCCAGCAUUGAGCGCCUGGAGGAGGAGAAGCGGAAGUUGCUGGAUGAGAUCGAAGAGUUGACUCUGCGGCUCAGGGAGGAGCAGGAGAAGAAGAGGAAAAUGGGAGACAAGCUGAGCCACGAGCGGCACCAGUUCCAGAGGGACAAGGAGGCGACCCAGGAGCUGAUCGAGGACCUCCGCCGGCAGCUGGAGCACCUGCAGCUCUUCAAGCUGGAGGCCGAGCAGCGGCGGGGCCGCAGCAGCAGCGCAGGCCUGCAGGAGUACAACACCCGCGCCCGAGAGAGCGAGCUGGAGCAAGAGGUCCGCAGGCUGAAGCAGGACAACCGGAGUCUGAAGGAGCAGAACGACGAGCUGAACGGGCAGAUCAUCACGCUGAGCAUCCAGGGCGCCAAGAGCCUCUUCGCCACGUCCUUCUCCGAGUCUCUGGCCGCAGAGAUCAGCUCCGUGUCCCGUGACGAGCUCAUGGAAGCGAUUCAGAAGCAGGAGGAGAUCAACUUCCGCCUGCAGGACUACAUUGACAGGAUCAUCGUGGCCAUCAUGGAGACCAACCCGUCCAUCCUGGAGGUCAAGUAGGGGCAGGAAGGCCCAGCCUGCGCUGGAGCUGGGACUCCACCAGCACCCUGCAGUGGCUGCGUCACACACGGGGACUGAGACCAGCAAGUGCCAUGGCCGUCCCAGCCCGGAGCACGCAGGGAGCCCUCGUGCAGCUGGGCUGGGGCACACAGGGCAGUGGGGGAGGGGGAGGCAGGCCAGCCCCCGGGACGGGAGCCCACAGCAGGUGAGGGUGUGACUGGGCUGCUGUCGGCUCUGCCCGCAGCGGCUCACCUGAGAAUGCUCCCGUUCUGCCCGGCAGAGGCUCCUGAGCCUCUGCAGGGGUGUGGGGGUGGUUUCCCAGGCUGCGGUGAGCCCCUCUUGGCAGGCCCCUUCUCCCACUGUCCAACCCUGUGGGUAAGAAAGGAAGAAAACGGGUCCCCACCCAAGGUGCUGCCACCCGCACCCGCCCCACAAGUGCCCUGAUCAGAGCCACCCAAGCCGGCCACUGCUGGCUGGUGUACGGUGGUGGGGGAAGGGCAGGCCGGCGCGGCCGGCACCUGUCGGGUCUGGCCAGGAGCCACAGGCCCCGCCAUGCUCCCUCAGGCCACUUGGGCUCAGCCUUGGCCCCAGGAUCCUCCCGGCCACACAGCCAUUUGAGUGGCCUGACCGUGGCCGCAGUAACUCUCGGGGGCUCUGACUGUCCUGGGGAGGGCCAGGCAGGAGCCCGUGGGGACCCUGUGCUCUGAAACCAGCGCCCGAGAUUCCUGCUGGUGGAACUCGCUCCCGGAUGGGUGGAUACCACUGGCCCCUCUGGCUCGCUGGUGCAGGUGCUGCUUCUCCAUGGAUGUGGCCUCGCCUGGCCUCCUGGAGUCCACACUCUCUCCAGGCAAAGUCCACGUGUCCUAGGCUGAGUCCAGAUGUGUUCUCCUGGCUCUCUGACGUAGAAAUCAUUGUUCUUCCCCAGGGGUGGGGGAGGAAGACAGGGCAGGCUCUCCAGGGACGUGUGACGCAGAGAGGCUCUGCUCCUGCUGCUGCUGCUGCCGCUGCUUGGUGCCUGCAUUACCCCCGAGCAGCAGCGUCACCUGGACAGGGGCUUCUGAGCCUGCCCCCCCAGCCUCACCGCCCAGGAGCUUCUGUGUGUUCCCGGGGAGGCCCCGUUUGUGUGCACACGCGUGCUGCCCUGUGUCACUCCUUCCGCCGCAGUGUUGUACAUUUCGGGGAAAGCCGUGGGUGUAAAUCACUGUAAACUUGGAGGAGAGAUUUUUCUAUCGUGUAGAGUAGGUAUUUUUUAUAGAUUGAAGGUUGACCAAUUUUUUAAUACUUUCAAGAGAGAAAAUUAUGUGUAUACACAUGAAAAUAUAUAUAUAUAUAUGUAUGUAUAUUAUAUAAAUACUGGAGCCCUGCCUUUCUGUGCCCAGGUCCCGGCCCUAAUGACACGGGCUUGUGUCUGGUUUCUGUCGACCGCUCGGCAGUGUGUCUGUAAAUACAAAUUGCCAGUAGACCAUGGGCGAGCACAGAGCAAGCACCAACCUGCACACUGCGCCCACUUUAAUUGCGUGGAAAAAUGGCUCCUCCUGCCUGGAUGCAGGGGAGUGCUGGCCAGUGCAGUCUCACCCGUCAGCCACCGCAGAUUAAAGCUGUUACUGUACACUCGAUGGCCGGCUCCUUCCUCUUC